AUGACUAAACAUACUUGCAAGAAGCUCGUACCAUUGAGUAAAGAAGAAUACUGGAAGCUUGUAUUCACGGAUGAAUUUGAUAACUUUACUGCUCCAUAUUUAAAGUUUAAGAAGGUUGAACCGGAAACAUUACCCUCUGAUAAUCCAAAGAUCAUCAAGAGAAGAGUAAAAGUAUAUCCCGACUAUGAAAUUCCUAGCGCUUUGUUGUGGUAUUUGGGCCAGUCAGAAUUCCACUAUGAAGAUCAACAAGAAAAGGAUUUAGAAAAUCAUACUUUAAAGAGCGUUACUAUCCCACCAGUUCACGGAGACUAUUUAUCAAUUUCUUCCCUUCAAUAUAUUGAAGAAGUUGAUGCAAAUAGCUGUUAUCAUGUUUUGGAAACUGAAAUUGUGUGCUCCGCUUGGGGAAUUGGAUCUCUUGUAGAGAGCGCAAUUUGCUCCGGAGUGGAUGAAGGAUAUAACUUGUUGCCAAAAGCUGUUGAAGCUUUUAUUGCUAGUAAGAAGUCAUCCCCAAUCGUGGUUGAUUCCAACGUUGACACCGCUGCUAGCGUCUCCACCAUUUAA